CACAACAUUCCUUGAAUGCGUUCCGUUAUGCAACGCCCCUGGUCACAAGGCUGAGCACGUUGGCUGACGGCCCUGAGGCGGUGCGUGAUCGUCUGCAUGACCUUGAUAAGUAACGUUACGCAGCCCAUAUCCGUGCGCUGCACCUUCAAACGUUUCUGGCUAGCUAUACGUAUUCCUGCAUCGAUCCUCUGGCGGGAGAUACUGUCGAAGUUCUCGCGCCUCAAAUUGUAUCCUCUGGUCCAAUUGAUGAUCUUCUGGACGAACGUUUGACAGGUAUUCGCUGUGCACUCAGAUCACCAUGUAGACAAACUUAACGACAAGAAAGAUUCGAAAAUGCAUCGCCAGGACUCGAUCUCGUCGCAGCUCAAACGAGGGCGUUCUCACUGGGUAUCAUCACUCACAACAUUCCUUGAUAAGAAACGUUACGCAGCCCAUAUCCGUGCGCUGCACCUUCAAACGUUUCUGGCUAGUUAUACGUAUUCCUGCAUCGAUCCUCUGGCGGGAGAUACUGUCGAAGUUCUCGCGCCUCAAAUUGUAUCCUCUGGUCCAAUUGAUGAUCUUCUGGACGAACGUUUGACAGGUAUUCGCUGUGUACUCAGAUCACCACAGCCUGCCACAGUCAGCUGUCCAUCAAUCUAACAAAAGAUAAUUUACCGUCUUAGGGCGUUGAAUGGCCAGACCUGCCAGAACCCUUGAUGCUCUAAGCUGCUUUUAAAGGCUUCCACCAUACGUGCAACACUCGCCAUUCUGAACGCCAUGAGGCUCAUCCUCAUCGCAUCUUACAGUUCUCUCGCAUGUGCUAAGACGUUGUUGGACCACAACUUGGUUUAUAGGUCUCCGUUCCAUGACCAUCCGCAAGGCGACCCCUUCGACUCAUCUGUCCUCCUUUGGACUCGUGCUGUCCCUGUGACGAACAGUUCUUCGAAUGGUCCAGAUCAAAGCGUUCCUGUUUGUGUAUCAUACAAAGUCUUCCAAUCUCCUUCUCUAUCUGGCUCGCCAAUUGACUCCGGAGAAGCUUUCACAUCAUAUGAUGUUGACUUCACGGUCAAAGUCGAGGCCACCGGAUUGAAAGCAGAUACAAAAUACUGGUAUCUGUUUGCUGACUGCACGAACCCUUCGAGCACCAGUCCAAUAGGUGUCACUAGAACAUUUGCAACCCCAAAUACUCAUCUGGUCAACGGUGGCAAGGAGCUCACACUCGCUGUGUUUUCUUGCUCGCAGUUCCAGCAAGGUUAUUUCAACGCGUACGGGUUUGCGACUCACAACAUUUCCGCAGAUGUGUUCAUUCACCUCGGGGACUACAUCUACGAAUCUUUGGGAAAUGGUGCAGGAAUCGGUAGAGAAGUUCUCGGUCGAGAGCUUGCAACGAUCCACGACUAUCGUCAACGUCUAAACCAGUAUAGAACAGACGUCAGUCUGCUACAGGCUCACCAAAAUGCACCAUGGAUUACUGUUUGGUACGAGGUCGCUGACAAUGCGUGGAAAGCGGGUACAGCAGACUCGAACGAUACUUCCAUCGGAUGUUCUUUCUCACCAUCCGGGGCCUGCUUCACCGACAGAAAGUUGGCUGCUGUCCGAGCGUAUCAUGAGUGGAUGCCUAUUAGGCAGGUCGCAGCAGAUGAUAAGCUGAGGAUUUGGCGCAACUUCCGGAUCGGCAAGCUUCUUGACCUGACAAUGCUUGAUACUCGCCAAUAUGAUCGUGAUCUUACGGACGUCUAUUACAAUACAGAUGUCAACACAAUUGCUGCAUACUCAAAUCGUUCUCUCAUGGGCAAUUCUCAAGAAACUUGGUUCUUCGACACGCUGUCGCAGUCGAAAUCACGGGGAUCCACAUGGCGCAUCGUCGGACAACAGAUCGUCUUUACUCAGCUGAACGAUUCGGGCGUAUUUGACCUGGAUGCCUGGGACGGCUAUCGUGCGAACCGACGACGUGUUCUAGAUCAUCUCUACAAGAACAAAAUUGACAACACGAUCAUCUUAUCCGGGGAUAGUCACGCCAACUGGGUAUCUGAUCUCGCCCAUCCGAACGAUACACGAUAUGACCCUACGACUGGACAGGGUGCAAUAGGGGUCGAGUUUGCCGGAACAGCGGUCACAUCGAGCUCAGUGUUCGGUAAUGAUAUCCAGCCUGCUGCUGCCAAUGCUAUCUCCGAAGUAUAUGUGACGGCCAAUGACGAAUUGCAAUGGAGCGAAGGGUCCUAUCGUGGCUUCUUCACCCUCACCAUCAAUACGUCUACGCUUACCGCGACAUACUACGCCAUGAAAGACAUCAGCUCCCCGAAUCUAAACGGCUUCGCGAGUGCCCAAUUUAUUGUAAGAAACGGCGCCAACAAGCUCUCCCGUCCUGUGGCCGGUGGCCAAGUCAAUGCGGGCGUCUUGAAGAGUAGCGUGGUCGGCAAAUGAAGCGACAGCGCAGUCGGAUGCUCGGAUUAUGCAAAGAUGUUUCUUGGUGUUGUAGGCGCUCUUCUUGGAAAUGUUAUACGCUCGAACCUC